CAGCUCAGCCGUCCAUCGCGUCGUGAAUUCCCAUCCAAACUUCUCCUCAACCUUCACGCGCGACCCUUUCUCCCAAGCGAGCCCCCCCGAGUCCAGACCAGACAGACACCAUGAGACUGUCAGUGUCCGCCAUCCGUCUGGCUGUCGCUGCCGUCGCAGCUACGGCUCACGCUGCUGCGUCGGUCGAGUACGUGACGGACCUGCCCGCCUACUCACUCCUGGCCCAGUGCGCCUCCGAUGCCAUCUCGUACCCCAUCCAGGCGCAAACAUUUGUCGGCUCCUGCGCCGACGACCGCCCCGGUCUGCAGUCCUGCAUCUGCCAGAACGCGAUACUCUCCGCUGAGGUCCUCUCCUCCAUCCGCGACGAUGUGUCCGACUCGUGCGGCAGCACCGCCUCGGGCGACCAGUCGAGCGUCAAGGCCGUCUGGGACCAGUACUGCGACCCGGACAAGACCGUCGCCUUCAGCACGCCCUCCAAGAACAUUGUCAGCGCCUACAUCACCGACCUCAGCCAGAUGCGCUACCUCGCCCCCUGCGCCUUUACGGGCUUGAGCUACGCCGUCAUGGCCGAGCCGCUGUCCAAGUGUCCCGCCGAACCCAGCCUCUACGCCCCCUGCGUCUGCUCCAAGGAUGGCGUCGCCGACAUGGUCUCCAAGACCAUCUCCAAGACCGUCAGCACAUCCUGCUCCAACGACGAGGACGUCACCCUCGCCUACGACUUCUUCGCGCACUACUGCGACAUGAACCAAGGCACCACCUCGUUCCCCACGCCCACCGGGCCCCCGGGCGACAUGUCCUACCACGUCACCGCCCUGCCGCAGUACACGUCGCUCAACACCUGCGCGCAGUCCGCCGUCUCCCACGCCAUCCUAGGGCAGACGAACUGGCAGUGCCCCGAGGGCGUGCAGGCCCUCGCGAGCUGCGUCUGCAUCAAGGACGGCGUGUCCCGGCUUAUCAGCAGCACGCUGACGAGCGACGUCCGGUACUACUGCGAUGUCACUGCGACGGCCGACGUCUCCUCCGCGCUGGACGUCCUUGACUUUUACUGUAGUGCCGCGCGCGACGAGGUCACCGCCCAGGUCACAGAGUCGGUGAGCGAGAGCGCUUAUCCGACCGCGGAAUCGGGGACCACGAGCAGUACGCCGCCAGGAGAAACGGGCACUAUCAGCGACGACAAGAGCAGCAACGAUAACAGCAGCAGCAGCAGCAGCAGCAGCAGCAACGGCGGCAGCAGCAGCAACGGCGGCGGCGGCACAAGCAAGACGGCCGUCAUCGCAGGGAGCGUCGUCGGUGCCGUCGUCCUCAUCGCCGCCAUCGUCGCACUCAUCUGGUUCAUCCGCCGUCGCAAGAUGCGCGCCAGCGCACAGGAACAAGUGCCCUCCGCACCACCCUCCUACCACGGCGGACAAGACCAGCAACAACAUUCAGAGCUCCACGGCGCGAACUCGCAGACGGACAUGGCGAACCGCAAGGAGCUCGCCGACUCGGGCAUCAGCGAGCUCCCGCCGCAGACACGCUCCAACGAGCUCCCGGCCCAGGAGAGCGCGGCGCGUACGCAGCACUUUGCCUCGCAUGAGCUGGAGAGUCCGAGUAGCGGUGGUGGCUGGCCUCUGCAGGAGGGGGGCCGCGACGUCUCGCCGUUGACACCGAGUGCGUCGACUAGAAAGGCGGCGGGCAGCAUGGGCUGGCAGUCGGGCCCGGUGGACGCGUACGAAAUGGACUCGACGCCGAGGGGGAGGUGACGUUGGACAGGAUGCACUACCUGAAGAUCUACGCGUAUGGCUGUCGAUGACCUGCAUGAGCAAGGGUACACCACCCACGCGGAGUGAAGAGUGUGUGAUGCAAGGGACAUCUGCAUCUACCCAAUGCAUUUGCGGUCUCUUCGCAACCUCUAAUCUACAACAAGCGCCACAGCGAGCGCCUCCUCUUUCCUCGCCCAUCACCGACACAGCGGAAGCAUGAGGGCAUUCAUUCAAGAACGCCCACGCCACAAAAUCCAGACAGCGCC